AUGUCAACGCUUUCCUCUCCUCGCCCAUCCAUCGCUUCGUCGCGUGCACACUCACCAACUCCCGCAUCGUCCCGUCCCUCCCUCGAUGCAUUGAACACAAACCUGGGGCCGAGCCUGAGCGCUUCCUCGACCCCAUCCACCGCGCGAGCCAUCUCGCCCAACCCACGCCGCAACCGCUCCGCUCUACGAGACUACUAUAACCUCAAACCUCCGGGCCUAGACGCACUCGGUCCAGGUGACGCCCGACGGUCACGCAGUGUCCCGCGCAAUACGGAUGCAGGAGAUAUUUCCAACCCGUCUAUACUGGCCUCAGGGACGGAGCUGGAUAGCGCGGACUUCGACCCCCAGCGGUAUGUGGAUACUCUAUUAUCCACGUCGUCAUUAAAUACGAUCUUGAAGGCGGAAAAUACCUUGGUUGGAGACGUCCGCACGCUGGACGGAGAGCGCAAAGCGCUCGUCUACGAUAAUUACUCCAAGUUGAUUCGCGCCGUCGAGACAAUUGGCAAAAUGCGUCGCAGUAUGGAUGAGCGCGGCGCACCGUUGACUAUGACGAAGACGCUUGGUCCUGCUAUUGCCUUUGUGGCGGAGACGGCGGGUGGGUUGAUCAAGGAGGGGGAGGAAAUGAGGAAGCAGAUCAAAGAGGCGAGGGGGGAGGAACCGAAUAAGGCACAGAAAGAUACAGUGCGGUGGGUGCUUUCUGCGCCACAGAGGUUGGAGAAGCUUCUUGAGGAAGAGAAGAGGGAGGAUGCGGAGGAGGAUUGGAAGGAGGUCAAGCAAUUACUUGAUGCUUGGGGUCAAGUUCAAGGUGUUGCUGAGGUUCGGGAGGCUUGUGAAAAGGUCAUGGCCGAGCAAAAAGGCGACGAUUGA